AUGAAGGCUUACGAUGUACUUUCGGAUAACAAGAGGCGUGCGGGUUACGAUUCUGUUGACGACGUCGACGACUCCAUCCCCAGCGAGAGGGAUGCGACCGCAUCCCCACAGCGAUUUUUCGAGAAGUUCGGCAAAUGCUUCCAGCUCAACGCGCGAUGGUGUGUCUCGGACCGUGUCCCCGACCUCGGUGAUGAUGACACCGACAUGGACACUGUCCACAAGUUUUACGAUUUUUGGUAUACUUUCAAGUCAUGGAGAGAUUUUUCCUAUGGUUGUGAACAUGAUACGGACACGGCAGAGACUCGUGAAGAGAAGCGAUGGAUGGAGAGGCAGAACUCUAAAGAAAUUAACAAGAAGAAGAAGGAAGAAAGUUCAAGGAUUCGACGCUUGGUAGACCUUGCUCACAAACAUGACCCGCGUCUCAAGCGUGAAAGGCAAGCUGUUAAAGCCAAGAAGGAUGCCGUGAAAGAAGAGCGCAAGCGGAAGGCCGCGGAGGUCAUUCGUCUCAAGGAAGAACAGGAAGAGAAGGAAAGACUAGAAGCUGAAAGCAAAGCCGCAGACGAGAAAGCCGCACGGGCAAUUGCGAAGAAAAAGAAAGAUGCAGCCCGCCAGGUUUUGCGCAGGGCUCGUCAAAACCUACGAGCUGUAGGCCGUGCGUUGAAUAUUAUGGCAACAGAGCGUGGGUUGCUCGGUAUCGAGGGAAUUUGCGCGGAGGGAAAUGCAGAGACUAUUGGAGCUGUUGCCACCCAGUUAUCAUCUCUUCCGGACACCAGUGACAGGUGUGAAACUGCGUAUGCAUUGCUCGAUGCAGCUCGCGCAGAUCCCACAAAGCCCAUAUGUAGUGAAAUCGUGGCUAACUUGUCGACGAAAGAAGCGAAACUUGAAGACAUGACCGAUUCAUCUUCUGUUUCUCUUGAGGCCGAUGCGGAGACUGAUGCGGAUUCGAAAAAGGACUGCACGAUCGAAUCUGAACCGGAAACAAUCGUUCAAAGGCCCACCGUGAAGAGCGAGAAGACGGUCGCCAAAGCACCCGAGAAGCCGUGGUCUAAGGAGGAAUUAUCACUUCUGUCGAAGGGUGUGACGAAGUUUCCGGGUGGAACAAGAGAUAGAUGGAAUCGACUUGCAGACUAUAUCGGAUCUCGAGACGCAGACGAAAUCCUGCGAAAAGUCAACGACAACCGGCCUUCUAAGAUUAAGCCGGGUUCACUCAAACAAUCGGUGAAAGCUCAGCAUACCCCUGUCUCAAAUGAUAGAUUGAAGGACAAGAGGAAGACGAAUCCAGACGUUGAACAAAAGACCCGCAUCAAGCCGGUAACGAAGCCUUCAGCAUCUGCGCCCUCACAACCACCAAAUGUGCUCCAGUUUACUCCGAAGCAGCAGCUCCUUUUCGAGACCGCUCUAAAGAAGCAUGCAAAGGGAGACCCUUCCAGGUGGAAGAAAGUUGGUAAUGCAGUCGGGAGGACCCCUGAUGAAUGCCAAGAGAGGUUCAAUGAGCUGAUAGAAUUUUAUGCCGCCAAGAGGGCUUCGCAAUAAAAGGCCUUCGCGGGGCGACCUUACCAGUACACAUCACCACGGAAUGGUAUCCAUAUUUGUGGUUCUUUCCAGUGUAUUGAUUCUGUCACCAGAUGAUUCCGCAUACCGGUGUGCUCAACGAGCAAUACUUUUUGUACACGGACGAUAACGUAUUAUUCUCCAGAAAUCCGUAUGUGUACUGACGAGGCUCUCCCCACCAUAAGACUGCCGAGAAAUAGAGUUGCGUGUGUGGCCAUUUGAGCAUUGUGAAGCUGCAAAUAUUCAAGCCUAGAAGAACCUGCCGUUCGUUUCGGAGCUCAUGUCGUGUUUUUAUCUUACUACUCACAUUUAGACUUAGCAUACACCCCCAGUUACGCGAGCAGAACAUCAUCGUCAUAAAUGCACUACUGCACACAGU